AUGAACAGAAAUCACAACUACAGAACGGGCUCCUUCAACUCCAUCUCUCGUCCCUACCUCCCCUCAAUCGACGAGAACGAAAUCGCCUCUACACCUUCAUCUCACAGUCCUCCAACACCUCCCCUUCGCAUCCCCCGGAAAUCACCCCGGCGCGCUCUUCGCAACAAUGCAAUUCCACCGGCGUAUGUACCUAGAGGACGAGUAUACUAUGCUCCGCCCGUGGCGCACUAUAACCCACCGCCUAGCUACAGCUACAACUAUAGCGAUGCUAAGGGGCUGAAGGACGAAGACAGAGCACCUCCACAGGAGACUUCAACUUCAGAAACUCCAGCUGCAUUCCCGGCUGGUUCUUUUGCUUUCAAAGCAGAUCUUCAAAACACCACCACAGACUGUACUUCCAACCCGUCAACAUGGCGCUGCUAUCCGUACGAAAAAGGCUCAUCAGCAACGUUCUUCUGGAUAAUCUCAUCUACCAACGGCUCCUCGUACAACAUCUCAUCCACAGAAAACCCCUUCGCACCAUCCUUCACGAACUUGACUCUCAAGGUGCUUGACAAGGAUACAUCUCUCGAGCGUCUUCAGUUUUCUUUCUCAAUGAACAAGACGGUCGUGCCAGAUGAUCAGCUCUCGUCGAGCAAUCGUGCAGCAAAGUGUACUUUCGACGACACGCUUUUCGAAGCUACACUGUGGACGCAGCGGAAAAGAGGCGACGAGGCGGCUGGAAAUACAAAGUUUGCGGCUUGGCCGGGCGAUGUUGAUGUUGUUCAGCGCAAGACAUUUAAUGGAGGAUCACCAAAUUGUGUCGACAGCGAGGGUGGCCAAGUAGGCGAUGUAAAGUCGGAGUCUGGGGCGUGCGAGUGCCGCUAUGCAAACUACGAUAUUAACUAG